AUGGCUCUGUUAGCCUCUCACAUAUACUGCCUUCCUCUCUCUGCAAGUAACAGAUGGAUCGUGGAUUCCCGCACAGGACGACGCGUGAAGUUACUGUGUGCGAAUUGGCCAUCUCAUAUGGGUGUAAUGCUGGCAGAAGGGUUAGAAAAGCAAUCCAUAAUGCAUAUUAUAUUUCAAUUCCACCAUUUGGGGCUGAAUUGUGUGCGUCUCACUUGGGCCACCUACAUGUUCACUCGUUACUCCAAUCACACCGUUCAGCAGACACUUGAUUCUCUGGGUUUGGCGGACGCCAAAGCCGGCAUCAUCAAGCACAAUCGUGUUGUGCUCAAUAUGACCCACCCUCAAGCCUACUCUUUUGUGGUGGAUCAGCUUGCUUCUCAGAACGUCAUGGUCAUUUCUGAUAACCACAUCAGUGAGCCCAAAUGGUGUUGUGCUCCCAACGACGGUAAUGCUUUCUUCGGCGACAAGGAUUUUGAUCCCAAAGAAUGGCUUCUGGGUCUUUCUAUGGCGGCUCAGUUAUUGAAGGGAAAACCCAAUGUGGUGGCAAUGAGUUUGCGUAAUGAGUUGCGUGGUCCACUUCAGAACGUUGAUGGGUGGUUCGGGAAUGUGACCCUAGGAGCACAGACUGUUCACCAAGCGAAUCCAGACGUGUUGGUCUUCAUUUCGGGUUUGUCCAACGACAACGAUCUGAGCUUUUUGAACAACAGGCCAAUGAACUUAACGUUUAAGGACAAGUUUGCGUACGAGGUACACUGCUACACCAUGUCUGGUGAGCACAAGAAUUGGAGCAGCCAGUCGGCGAACUAUCUUUGCGGCAAAGUGUACAACGAGUUAAACUCUCAUGCUACGUUCCUCAUCACCGGCUCCAACGCUGCUCCUCUUUUGAUGACCGAAUAUGGCAUCCCAAUCUCACCAUCAAUAGCAGAACCCGACGGACGGUGGUUGUCCUGCAUUUUAGCGUACCUUGCCGUCAAUGACUUAGGUUGGGCGUGGUGGGGAUUGCAAGGAAGCUAUUAUCUCAGAGAAGGCAAUGUCAACGCAGAAGAGUCCUAUGGAUUGGUGGACUUCCAGUGGCAAACACUCAGUUACCCCGACUUCCCUAACAGGUUCCAGCUAAUACUCCAAACACUCCAAGAUCCAAGUUCGAAGAAGGCCACGUCGCAGAUACUGUAUCACCCACAAAGUGGGCAGUGCGUGAAGAGGAAGGAGAAUGGUGAUGAAGUGGAAGUGCAAGACUGUAACGGGGCGAGCGGGUGGAGUGUGGAAGGAACACAGAUCAAAUUGCAGGAUGCACAGGAAGCGGGGUGUUUCAAGGCAACUGGGGAAGGCCAACCGGUGGAGCUCACGGCGGAUUGCUCAAACACGAACCAAACUUCAUGGAAAGCCAUAACAGAGUCAGGCAUGCACUGGGCUUCGGUGGACGCACAAGGCAAUCGAUUGUGCUUGCAAAGGGAUGCCAAUUCGUCCACCGUCGUCACCGCCACAUGCAUCUGUGCCGAUUCUGAUCCUUCGUGUGUGGACGAUCCUCAGAGCCAGUGGUUUCAGUUUGUUGCCACCAAUGUGAUGUAAUCGGAUUUAUUUUAACUAAACGGAAAUCCCAUGGUUUAAUUAAACGAAAGAUUAUUCGCUAUGAUGACGUGAAAGUUGAAGCCGGCCCUAUAACCGUUUUGUUUUAU